GCGGGCGCGUGACGCGCGCGGCGCGCCCGCCAGAUUGAAGCGGCGCGCGGAGCGGCGGUUGGUGCCGUGAUGGAGGCGCUCACCUUUCCUCGCUACAGCCCGGAUGAUAUCGUCGCUUAUCUCCGCAGCCACGUCCUGGUGGGAGCCGAAGCCCGCAACCUCACCAAGGCCGACCUGUUCGCCACCCUCAAGCCUGAAGUUUUGCACAUGAUUUUCAUAAGAAUUCUGCAGAAGGUGUAUGGGAUCCGCCUGGAGCACUUCUACAUGAUGCCGGUCAACGUUGAUAUAGUGUAUCCACAGAUAUUUGAAGGCUUCCUACCUGUUUGUAAUCUGUAUAUUCAUAUGGAGCGUUUCCUUCCAGUGUGCCGGGUUAAUGAUUUUCAAAUUUCUGAUGUUAUAAAUCCAAAGGCAAAGAGGACAGCUCGCUUCUUGAGUGGCAUUCUCAACUUUGUACACUUCAGAGAAUGCCGACGUGAGGCCUACUUGGAGUUGCAGCUGAGCUAUAAAUCUGCUAUGGAGAAACACCAACAACUGGAGACAGCAAAUCAGGAGUUAGAAAUGAAGCUGGAGAAGCUAAACACUGUUCCAGUUGAACAGCAAGCAGAGUUCAAGCAACUGUCAGAUGAUAUUCAAGAACUGGAGCAACUUCUAAGCCAUGACUAUCGUCGGAAAACAGCAGCAUUACAAGAAGUGAUUUCACAAAAGAAGUCAGAUAUUACAGAGAGGACCCGAAAACUGAAUGAACUUAAAGUGACAUUGGCUACUUUGAAAGAAGAACAAGAGCAGCUGAAGUCAAAAAUUGUGGAGAGUCCAGAGGAAUUGAAGAAUUAUAAGGAACUAAUGAAAGAGACAGUUAAGAAACUCAAGAAAUCCAAGCAAGAGGUUAUUGAGAAAUACGAAGGUUAUCGAGACCUGGUUGAAGUUCUGCCAUCGUGCCAAUUGGAGGUGCAGUUAUAUCAGAAGAAGAUGGAAAGACAGGCAGCAAAUGUGGAAAGACUCACCAGCGUAUUAUCAGAGGUCAGAAAUCUGGAAGACCAGCUUGAGAGCGCUCAAAUCGAGCUGAAGAAAGGGAAGACAGAUGAAAUGUCCCUGAAGAGACUGGUCACUGCAAAACAUGAGAGGCUGUCUACAGCUGAAAUAAGGAUAAAAAAGAAGCGUGAAGAUGUUGAGCAAUAUAAGCACACUGUAUUUGAGUAUUUUAACAGAGUUCAGGAAAAGAGGGGUGCUGUAUAUGAUAAAGUGACAGCGAUUCAGAAGGAAAUCCAGCAGACGAGGUUCAAAAUCCAGCAACUGAAUGAGAAUGCUGAAAAAGAAGAAACGAAAGCUAAAGAGAUAUAUCAAAACCUGAAGGCUGGAUUGGAGAAGCGUCACGAUUCUCUCAUAAAGACAGCAAAGAAUUAUGCAGCCUCAAGAGAAGAUAAAAUUGCUGAACUGCAGAAGGGACUGCUUAGAGUUCAGAGUCCUGGAAGUAGUUCUUAGAGCUGCCUUCACUUGUAUUCCUCUUCUGUUUAUCUUCGUUUCUGAACUCAGUAACUUGUUCUUUGUGUGAGAUGAAGAGUGAUUCCAGGCAACAAACAGCUUUCUCAAAAGCCAUGACAGAACAUAUUUAAUUUUCUAGACAGAUUGUGGUGUUCUUAGCUUGCUGCUGGGGGUAAGGAAAUGCUCUGUUUAGCCUGUCUGUAUGGUUUUGGCCAGUACCUGAUUUUAGCACUAAUAAUGUGUAUAAGUCUUGCUAACACCAAAUUGUUUGUUACUGAGACAAAAUUCUACUUUUUCUAGAAAGAAACUAUCUUGACAAUGUUAAUCCUGGGUGACCUGGCACUUUGGACCAGCCUGAGUGGACGUAGUGUUUAAGAUAAGGCAGUAAAAGCUGAUAUUCUUCUACCGUGACUGAAUUAGAAUUAAGUCCUGAUAGAGUUCCAUGUAAAUACCAAUUUUCCUGGUCAUGAAUGUUGGUGACUGGUGAACCCUUAAGGGUAUAACUUCAGAGGCACAGUAGUGUUAACUCUAUGCUAGAACUUGUUUCUGCUGUUGGUGGUAUUGGAUCCUCAUCCGUGUUAAUUCAAGUCCAUGUUUGGGUGCUCAGUCCUUUUAAAAAAACAGACAAACCCCCAAACUAUAUGAAUAUCUGUAGCUUAACUUGUGAUGGCACUUAGUUUGCCACAGUGUUUUGAGAAUGCUUUUCAAUUGUUUCAAGUAAUGUCAAUUUUUAAAAUAGCUGAUAUAAGAAUAUUUAACCCUAUUGCUCUGUUAUGCUUCUUCUCCUCUCCACUCUCUCAACUGACUCGGUGAAGUGUUCAAUUGGAAAAUAAAACUUGGUCUG